CCGAGCGGAGCCGGGCUGGGCCGGGCGGGACCGAGCGGAGGUAUCCGGCCGCCGGGCGCCCCUCCCAUGCGCCUGCCGAGCAUGUCCCAGCCGUUCCUGCUGGCGCCCGUCGCCGAGUGCGCCCCGGGGCCGCCCGGCGCCCAGGUCCGUCUGGCCGUGCUGGGCGCCCGCGGCGUCGGCAAGAGCGCGAUGAUCGUGCGGUUCCUGACGAAGCGGUUCAUCGGGGACUACGAGCCCAACACAGGCAACCUCUACUCCAGGCUGGUCCAUCUGGAAGGGGACCGCGUUGCCGUGCAGAUCCAAGACACGCCGGGGUGCAUCCAGGUGCAGGAAGACUGCGUGCAGGUGCUGGACUCCCUCUCCAGGUGUGUGAAGUGGGCAGAGGGCUUCCUCCUGGUCUACUCCAUCACGGACUACAGCAGCUACCAGUCAGUCCGACCCCUCUACCAGUACGUUCGCAAGGUCCACCCAGAUGCCAGGACUCCUAUCAUUAUCGUGGGGAACAAAGCAGACCUCCUCCACGCCAGGCAGGUACAGGCGAAAGAGGGACUACAGCUGGCAAACGAACUGGGCAGCCUGUUCUUGGAAAUCUCCACGAGUGACGACUCCCAAGGUGUCUGUGAUGUUUUCCAGUAUCUUUGCAAAGAGGUCAGCAAACUACAGCACGCCGGCAGCACGGACAGGAGGCGGUCGUCCAUCAUCCCUCGGCCCAAAUCUCCCAACAUGCAAGAUCUAAAGAGACGUUUCAAACAGGCUUUGUCUUCCAAAGUCAAAUAAACCCUGCUGAUGAGAUCCUGCGUGACUCAAUAUACUUUAUUUUUGUAAACUAGUUAAUAAAAAUCUUUAUUUUUGUACUAAUGCCAGCAGUAUGGAAGUAAGUAUGUUGAAGCUUGCGAUUUCCUUGCCAUUCUCUCUUGUUUGACUGGUUAGUUAUUUUUACAAAAAAAAAAAAAGAAAACAAAAGGCUACGUAGCAACUAGAUAGAGGUAGCUGGAGAAGGGGAUUUUUACCAAGAGGUUUUGAUUUAAUUUCUGUUUUGGUCUGGGAUUUGCUGUUUUACUCUGUUCAAAUGACUAUUUUGGGCCUCAGUUUCCUGUUUGUAAAAUGGGAAUGAUGAUGUAACACUCUCCUGCCUUUAUAAAAUGCUUGGAAAUCUUUCCAUUGAUGGAAAGCUUUAUAUGGCGAGAAAACAAAAAAAGCUUUAUUAAACAUGAAAAUAUAAAA